GCCUCGUAAAAAAGAUAACAAGACUGAUAAGAUAUCAGAUUUUGUUUAAGUAGUGAAAACUAAAAAUAGUUGAAAUCGCGAUGCCGUUCAAGUUCAAACUAAUUGUGGCUGCGUGUGAAAACAAUGGCAUCGCUAAAAAUAAAAAACUACCAUGGACAAUUCCCUCAGAAACGUCUUACUAUCUGCGGAUGACCGGCGAAGUCAAAGACAAAACCAAGAAAAACGUAGUGAUCGUAGGCAGAAAAACGUUCGAGGAAAGUCCUUGGAAACCGCAUCCGGAUUGUAUCAAUUUCGUCCUGUCCAGGUCCGGUUUGGAUGUGUCCCAGUAUCCAGACACUUAUGCCUUUAAGAGUUUGGAUGAGGCGAUUGCCAAAUUGAACGAUGAGGAAUUUAAGAAAGAAUACGAGGAUUCCUGGGUGAUAGGCGGAAAUGGUGUAUACAAGGAAGUAUACGGAACAGAGCAUUUUUACAGGGUUUACUUUACCAGGGUGUUCCACCCUUAUGACUGUGACACUUUUUUCCCUAAAAUGCCAGAAACUGUUAAAUUAGUUGAGGAUCCUAGAGUGCCACAAGGUAUCAUCGAAGAUGCAGGCCAUAAAUACAUCGUACAUGUGUAUGAAAAUAUCAAUUUUAAGGAAUAAAAGAUAAUAAAUAAACUUGACAGAACAGAAACAUUUA